UGAAAUUAUUUAUUCCCAGAAAAACAUUUUAGCAAUAGAAUUGUUAGUUAUGUUUUGAGAAACAAAAUCUUGUUUUCCCCCUAAAAUGAUAAAUUACAAAUAUUUUAAACUUUUUAAAAACGUUGGCACAACCAUCUAUAAAACUGUAAAAUACACACACCUACACAUACGGAUAUAGAUAUAUGUACAUAUUUUCGAGCAUUAGAAGUAAAACUUCAGCAUUGCUGCUUAUUUCUGCACUCUAUCACUGCAUUGGAAGUUUAAGAAGCUAUAGUGGAAAAUAUUAGAAAAUGUAGCUGUUAAAGAAAAUAUAUGUCAAUGUGUUUGAUGUAAAUAAGUGGGCUGGACAUUCAUGUAACUGAAAGAAGAAACAUGCAGAACAUGUAUGAUUUCUUCAGUGUCUCCAUGAGAAACAACACCGAUAUUUUAAGGAACAAACAACCACAGCAACCAAGGUCAUAUGAUGCAUGAAGAGAUAGCGCACGAGGUCUUCAAUUCCAGCUAUGAUUAUAACUACACAUAUGAGGAUUAUUCUUUGGUUAUAUUAGAGGAGGAGAAUUUUCCGUUUAAUAUAAUCAAUGCCAUUUGCUACAGUCUCAUCAUCUGCAUUAGUCUGCCCGGAAACAGCUUUCUGCUUUGGGUGAUCUUGAAGAAAGUGGGUUUGAGCAGCUCCGCUGAUUGUUUGCUCUUCCAUCUGACAGUUUCUGACCUCAUCUUCACCCUCACGUUGGUUCCCUGGACCGCCUAUCAUAUUUGGGGAUGGAUUUUUGGACAUCUGGCCUGUAAGUUGUUCACCUGGUGCAUCUUUUUGGGCCUGUACAGCUACAUGAUGUUCCUCAUGGUCAUGACAGUCCAUCGAUAUGUGGCGGUGGUGUAUCCGGUGUUCGCUUCAUCCGUAGGGAAUCGUAGCAGACUUUACACGUACAUCUCGUCUGCUGUGGCUUGGUUGAUCUCUGUGGGCUUCAGCCUGUCUGAAAUGGUCUUCUCUGAAACGGUGGAUGGUCCUGAUGGUGUAUUUUGUGUCCCUAACUAUAACUCAGUGUUUAUGGAGUUGUUUGGAUAUUUCAUUCAGAUAAUUCUCUUUUUCCUGCUGCCGUUUUUGGUUAUUGUAUUCUGCCACACACGGAUGGGAUUUACCAUUCUUCAGAGUCGCAUCCGAAGCAGGAAUCACGCCGUGUGCAUCAUCCUAAGCAUCGCCGUGGGAUUUUUCAUCUGCUGGGCGCCAUAUAACAUCUUCCUCUUCCUCAUGUCCCUGAGGUCUUUGGGCGUUUUUGAAUCCGGGCAAAGCUUUUGGGAGAUUGCGUACUGCGUCACUCACAUUCUAGCAUAUUCCCACUGUUGUCUGAAUCCGUUAGUCCACAUCUUCGGAGGGAAGAAGUUCAGGAUUUACCUGCCGUGGAGCAGAGGUUUCCACCGGCUCCCGUAUAGGUUUAGCACACAAACUUUCAGCAACCCCAGCAGCUACUCAGGCCAGGUUUAUCUCUGAUUAUGUCAAGGGUCAAGUGUCAUGAUGUCAUUUUGUUGUGGCUCCAGAAUGAGUCAUGUGACGUUUACAGCGCAGAUGAUUGGCUCAAAAAAGUUCUCAGGUUACUAAGAUCAAUAACAGAUUAAUCAACAAUUAAGGCAAAAAAAAACAAAAAAACAUGCAAGAAUCAAAGAAGAUAUGACAAAAAUGAUUAAAACUUUAAAUGCAAACCAAAAAAUUUAAUAUAUAUAUAUAUAUAUAUAUAUAUAUGUGUGUGUGUGUGUGCCAAACUAAAUUAAUCUAAAUGGCAUUCAUGUUCAGUUUAAGUGGUGUAACUAUUAAGUAAAAAGUAACACAUUUUCCUGAACACAUGAAUACCUGCACACCUUUAUAACUAUUUCCAACAUUUUUUUUUUUUCAAAAUAAUUCUAAUUUUUUAAAUAUUUUCUAAUUUUUUGACAUUAAAAAGUCUGAAAUUAUAUAUGUAAGAGUUCAUUUGCAAAAGCUUUUUUUUUUUUAAACAUUUUUUCUUUUUUUUUUUUUCUUUUUUUAAAUUCUGCAUUCCAAGUAAUAUCAAUCAAACUGCAGUUGGGUUGUUUUGAAAAUAAUAAUAACUCAAAAUUAAAAAAUACAACUAACACAAUAAAACAUGAUAACACAAUGAAAAAAAAAAAAAAAAUGAUUUAUGAAAAUUAAUACAAAUUUAGUUAUCUGUUUUUG